CGGGGUUGCCGAUCGGUCGGCCACACCUAGCCCGUUCGCAGCUCAGCCCAGCUCGAUCGCGUGCUUCUUUAGCGGCAUGGGGCUGGGGUUCGGGAGGAAGGAGGCGGGCAGCCACGCGGCGAGCUUCCUCCUCGGCGCCGCGCUGCCCACGGCCCUCCUCUUCCUGCUCGCGUCCGACCGCCUCGGCGAGGGGCUGUCCAGCAUCUCGCGCAGCUGGGGGAGCGGGGCCGUGCCGCCGGCGGGCGACGGUGCAAAUGAGGUCAUAUUCAAGGGCCUACCCGAGCUGCUGCCGAGAGUGGCCAUGGAGGACAGGACCGUGAUAAUCACUUCGGUGAACGAGGCAUGGGCACAGCCCGGCUCCCUGCUCGACCUCUACCUCGACAGCUUCAGGAACGGCGUGGACAUCGCGCACCUCCUCAACCACCUCCUCGUGGUCGCCCUCGACGCCCGCGGGUUCGAGCGCUGCAAGGCCGUGCACCGUCACUGCUACUUCCUCAACGCCCCGUCCUUGGACAUGAGCUCCGCCAAGCCGUUCAUGAGCCCGGACUACCUGGAGCUCGUCUGGACCAAGCUCACCUUCCAGCAGCGCGUCCUCGAGCUCGGCUACAACUUCCUCUUCACGGACUGCGACAUGGUGUGGUUUCGCAACCCGUUCCGGCACUUCCCCGUGUACGCCGACAUGAGCUGCUCGUCGGACGACUUCAAGCCGUCUCGCGCGCCGCUGGACAACCCGCUCAACACCGGGCUCUACUACAUGAAGUCGACGAACCGGACCAUCCAGAUGAUGAGGUACUGGCGGGCGGCGAGGGAGAGGUUCCCGGGGCAGCACGACCAGGCUGUGUUCGUCAACAUCAGGCACGAGCUCGUGAGCAAGCUGCAGGUCAAGAUCGAGCCGCUGGAGACGGUGUACUUCGGCGGGUUCUGCGAGUACCACGACGACCCGGAGAAGGUCUGCACCAUCCACGCCUGCUGCUGCAUCGGGCUGGACACCAAGGUGCACGACCUCAAGGACGUCGCCGCGGAUUGGAAGAACUACACGAGCCUGACGCCGGAGCAGAGACAGAAGGGUGGUUUCAAGUGGUCGUACCCGACCAGGUGUCGGAAUUCCAUUGGGUGGCGUAGGCCUUGAGACGAGCGAUCUCAAGUGGGCAGUAUUUAGAUACUCUUUUAUCAUGAUCGAGUAUGAAAUUUUAACGCUGAGAUCUAAAUAAACUGGUUAGGUCUAUAUGCUAUCCAAACUCACUAGCAGUCUGGAGAAGAUAGAAAAGGUGUAUUGUACACUUUAAACUCGCGUCCUUUUAAUUUGAAUGUUGGUGAGACCAAAAUCAGAUAUGUUAGGUUUCA